AUGGGGAUGAACUUUGACAGUAAUUAGACCAUGAUUUAGCUUAAUUCAUGUAGAAAAUUAGUUAAUUAGUUGCGUGAGAUUUUGGAGAAAAAUCCUGUGAAUUAGCCAUUGUUUUGCCCAUUUAUGGAAGUGCAGUUACUGUUCACUGCGUGAUCACUGUUCAUGGGCACUGUUCAUGCACUAAUGGCCAACGAUUAAUGGGGAUUUAAAUGUUUAAUUUGUAAUAUAAGAACAAAUUUGGAGAUGUCUGGUAAUGUGGAGAUUGAUAAAAAUAGCAUCGUGAUUAGGGGUAGUCCUAAUGAUGAUUUCAGUUUGAAUUUAUGGUAGUGCGGUUUUAAUUCUGGAAUAUUUUGGCUAGGUUCUUGAUUAUUCUAUCACCUUGGCUCUUGGAGUGAGUUUUCUGCUUUAUGCGAUUGAGUAUGAUCGAUUUAAAAUGAAAUUAUUAUUCUUUUUAUUGAAUUGAGUAUGCCUACUUGAAAUUUAAUUGUUUAUCCUGAUGAUCUGAAAGUGAUUGGUGAAUUAUGGUUUUUCUCUUAACUUCUACCUGUUUUGUCUCCGAUGUGGUCAUGUUAUUAGUGACCCUACUAGUGGGAGUUAUAAACGUUAACACAUGUCGACAUGUUAUUGAUAGAACCGGUUCGUUCGACUGACCCUGCUAGUGGGGGUUAUACACCAGCAAAUAGUGUGUCUGCUAGUGGGUGAUUUAUAACAUUGGCCAUGACCUAUAGAGGAGACGUCUAUUUUGUUCCCGUACUGUAUCUGUUUUUCGUGAUUACACUUGUUGGCAUGUUAUAAGUUUAAUUAAGGGCUAUCCAUAUUUACUUACUGAGUUUAUCUCAUAGUUUUUCCUUGUCCACCAUUUCAGAAAGCGAAAUCGAGCACGGGGAAACCACGAGAAGUGAUGAGUUAGAAGGCUAGCCAUUUGGAGAUUGAUAUAGAUUUUAGAAAUAAAUCAUGCUUUUGCACAUGCGGCUUGUCAAGAGGUUCCGGAUGCUAAUAGUGGGCAAGGCUUUUCCCCAAAUAAUCGUUCCUCUUCACAAUCAAGCCAUCACCUUUUGUCUCGCCAAAAUGAAAGUAAUGAAGAAAAUGAUGGGCAAAGGGAUUGAAAGGCAUGUUUGUGUCUCCCUACUUAACAAUUUAAAGACUAAUGACUUUCUAGUUUGAUAGAUGCAUUUUCUUUUGGACAAUUUUACAACUUUCGAUGUGAGAUACAUGCUAUUUUUUCAAAAUGUUGAUAUGGAUGGUAGCUCUUCUAAACUUAAGUUUGAUUUUCAAUAUCUUUUGCCAUUUAGUUUAACUUAUCAUGAAGUUUUACGUUGCUUUUCAUUGAAAAUUCGUUCAGAUCUAGUGUUUCUGUUUUGUUUGUUGGUAAUUUGAUUUAGAGAUUUGGAGAUUAAGCUUUCUUUGGUGGAUUUUUGAAGAGUUUUAGUUUCAUCUUUCAGAUCUGUUGUUGAGAUGAUUUCUGGGAAUUUCAGUAGAAUUUAUGCUUAAUUCAAUAGAUUUGGGUUUGUGCACGUUUGUUGCUUUGUGUUUCGUGUUUUUCCACUUCAUUUUCAAAGAAAUUGAGAAUUUUUUUUAUUUUUUGGAAUCUACUAUUUGGGAAUCUUUAAUUUCUAUAUAUGCUUAUCAACUUCGAAUGGAUUUAGUGUUGGAGUUUAUUUUUGAUUUUGAGGGCUAGCUGCUAGGGUUCAAAUAUGUUUCCUUCUUCUUCUUUUUUUUUUUUUUUUGGUUUGCACUUUCCCAUUUUGUAAUAAGAAAUGCAUUUCUUUUAU